AUGGAACAGAAAGUACGGGAAUGUAAAAGAUGUGAAUUGUUCAUGGCCAUGAAGGAUAUGCAAACGAAGCAUAAAGCCCUACAGCAGAAUGUAUUGGAGUCAAAGUCCACUGUAGAAGUACCAGAUGUAAAUACACAGAAGUCGUUCGUUGCAAAUCAAUUACAGAAACCAUUAAUUAAAGGAGAGACAUGGUACAUUAUUGAUGCCAUAUGGUUCAAACAGUGGAAAAGUUAUGUUGGUUACGAGAGCAAGGACCACUGUAAUGUAAGCGAGGAAUCAGCUCAUCCAGGACCUAUAGACAAUACCCCCAUUUUACAAGGCUACGUCACGAUUGAAAAUAUGACAACUCUUGAUCUCGCACUGAAACAAAACAAAUUAUAUGUAAUGUGUGUACGAAUUACUUAUUUUGGACUGUCUUUUGAAUUGUGUUGCAGUGGGAAGAUGAUACCAUUACCAAGAAAUGUGAUAGAAGAAGGUACUUAUAGUAAAUCUUUGAAAGUGGAAAUUUACUUGUGGCAUCUGAAAAUUUGUGAAAACUCUAAACCAAAUGUCACCGUGACAAAACUUUUCAGCAGAAUUGAUACAAUCCGCAAACUUGAAGAAAAAAUGCGUAGGGAAUUUAGCAUACCCAAUGAUAAAGAAGUCCGGUUAUGGAAUAGGUUUAUGCGAAACUUGUAUGAACAGUUGAACAGCAAAGACAAGACGCUACAGGAUGCAGGGUUAUAUCAGGGUCAAAUAAUCGUGAUCGAGCAGAAAAAUCCCGACGGAACAUGGCCUAGAGAAAUGAAAAAAAAUAGGAAGAAAAUGGUAAUUUAG